CCACAUCUCAGAGGUCUGGAUCUGCACAGGCACAGUUCUACCAGACCGCUGUGGACCAGGCCUUACAGAGUCCAAAUGGACACCUGGACCUGUUCCUGCGCUUCCUCCUGGGUCUAUCACUGCCGACCAAUCAGAGACUCCUACACGGUCUGAUGAAACAGACAGGAAGUAGCUCAGAGACCAAUCAGUAGACAGCUAAGUACAUCAAGAAGAAGAUCAAUGAGAAACUGUCUGUAGAGAAAAGCAUCAACCUGUUCCACUGUCUGAAUGAACUGGAGGAUCGAUCUCUGGUGGAUCAGAUCCAACAGUACCUGAGAGGUGGAGGUCUCAACCUAGAUGAUCUGUCUCCUGCUGAGUGGUCAGCUCUGGUCUUCAUGUUACUGUCAUCAGAUAAAGAUCUGGAUGAGUUUGACCUGAACAAAUACCAUGGUUCAGAGGAGGCUCUUCUGAAUUUGCUGCCAGUCGUCAAAGCCUCCAACAAAGCUGUACUGACUGUCUAUUACCUAUCAGAUGAAGGCUUUGAAGGUCUGUCCUCAGUUCUCAGAUCCCAGUCCUCUAGUCUCAGACAUCUGGACCUCAGCACCAACGACCUGGAGGAUUCAGGACUGAAGAUCCUGUCAGAUGGACUAAGGAGUCCAGACUGUAAACUGGAGACUCUCAGGUUGAGGAUCUGUAACCUGUCAGAGAGAAGCUGUGAAGGUCUGUCCUCAGGUCUCAGAUCUCAGUACUCUAGUCUGACUCUUCUGGACCUCGACAACAUGGACCUGAAGGAUUCAGGACUGAAGAUCCUGUCAGAUGGACUAAGGAGUCCAGACUGUAAACUGGAGACUCUCAGGUUUGGAUUGUUCAACCAGUGUGAACGAUGAUGAUUCAAACCAUGAUGUACCUGUAGUGGAUCAGUCUGAGCUGGUUUUCAGAGCAGCUGUUCAGUGUCUGACAUGAAACACAUGCAUGUUCCUUUAUUUCUAUGAAACAAACACAGGAACUAAACUGG